AUGGGAUCUGCCUCCUCAACUUACCGGCCCAAGUGUAUUUAUUUGGAUAUUGAUGGAAGAAUUCAAAAGGUGAUCUUUAGUAAAUAUUGCAACUCCAAAGAUAUCAUGGACCUCUUCUGCAUUGCAACUGGGUUGCCAAGGAACACAACAAUCUCCCUUUUCACAGCAGACAAUUGUAUGGUAUCCAUUGAUCCGACAAUGCCUGCAAACUCAGAGAGGUCUCCAUACAAAGUGAUACCUGUUGCCACUGGGCAGCUCUCAGAGAAAGAAGAAUUGUUCCAGAAUUUAUUGGGACAGAUUGCCGAGCAGUUCUCAAGGGUUUUUAAAAUCAGUGAGCUGAAAACGGAAGUAGCUAAUCACUUGGCAAUGCUGGAGAAAAAGGUUGAAUUGGAAGGCCUGAAAGUAGUGGAGAUUGAGAAAUGCAAGAGCGACAUUAAAAAGAUGAGGGAGGAAAUGGCAGCAAGAAGCAGCAGGAUUAACUGUCCCUGCAAGUACAGCUUUUUGGAUGAAAACAAGAGGCCGACUCCCUGGCGGGAUGUACCAUCCUACCCAAAGUACAUGCUGUCCCAGGAGACCAUAGAAGCACUUCGGAAACCAACCUUUGAUGUCUGGCUGUGGGAGCCCAAUGAGAUGCUGAGUUGCUUGGAACAUAUGUACCAUGAUCUUGGGUUGGUAAAAGACUUCAACAUCAAUCCUAUCACGUUAAAGAGGUGGUUGCUGUGUAUUCAUGACAAUUACAGAAACAACCCCUUUCAUAAUUUCCGGCACUGCUUCUGCGUGACCCAGAUGAUGUACAGCAUGAUCUCCCUCUGCAGCCUCCAGGAGAAAUUUUCCCAAAUUGACAUCUUGAUUCUCAUGACUGCAGCAGUAUGCCAUGACUUGGACCAUCCAGGCUAUAACAAUACCUAUCAGAUAAAUGCACGAACUGAGCUUGCAGUACGCUACAAUGACAUCUCCCCACUGGAGAACCACCACUGUGCUGUGGCUUUCCAGAUCAUUUCCCAGCCAGAAUACAACAUUUUCUCCAAUGUCGACCAGGACCAAUUCAAACAGAUAAGACAGGGGAUAAUUACGUUAAUCCUGGCUACAGACAUGGCGAGACAUGCAGAAAUACUGGACUCUUUCAAGGAAAAAAUGGAAAAUUUUGAUUACUCAAAUGAAGAACACAUGACCUGUCUGAAGAUGGUACUGAUAAAAUGCUGUGAUAUCUCCAAUGAAGUCCGCCCGAUGGAAGUAGCGGAGCCCUGGGUAGAUUGCUUACUAGAGGAAUAUUUUAUGCAGAGCGACCGAGAAAAAUCUGAGGGGCUUCCAGUGGCACCAUUCAUGGACCGCGAUAAAGUGACCAAGCCGACAGCACAGAUCGGCUUCCUGAAGUUCGUUCUCAUCCCCAUGUUUGAAACAGUAACAAAGCUAUUCCCAGAAGUGGAGGAGGUAAUGCUCCAGCCCCUUUGGGAAUCCAGGGACCACUAUGAGGAAUUAAAACAGAUAGAUGAUGCUAUGAAAGAGCUGCAGAAAAAGAAAAGUGAAAGUUUGACCACUGGCGGUACCGAAAAGUGA